GGUGGGGUGGGGAAAGAAAACACAAUAAAUGAAGACCGUGUCAAGAGCUGAAGCCGAGAGCCAAGGACGUCCCCCCACCCCACCGAGAGGCAGGGAUUAAGUCAGAUUCCCAAGUUUCCAGUCUGAAGCUGAGAACCUCCAGGAAAUGUAACAGAUUCACCAGGGUCAGAGUGAGACCACGCUGCCUCGCAUCGGCAGGGAAAUGGCGAUAAAGACAAGGAGCCGCUGACCGCCCCACUUCCCACCGCAGAAAUGCUGUAAAAAGACACCAAGACUGGAAUGGUCCAUGGAAUAAUUAUUUUUCCUGACGACUCAUAGAUUGACAACAGAAAGCAACAUUCCCUGCCACUCUGUCGUGCUCACUGGUAUGGAACAACAAAGUCAUUUUAUGACUUCAUUUCACACGACUUCUUGGAAGAUUCCAAAAUACUGCACAAAUCAGAAGGCAUAAUCACCGAUAUAAAAACUGCAACUUCAAACAAGUUGGUCAACUUUUCGAUGAGCUUUAUUUUAAUAUUUUGAGACUAAAUUACUUAGUUGGUGCAGAUUGGAAGUAACUGAAUAGUGCAACUUUUCACUUUGUUCAUAUUAAUUGGGAACCUGAAAUAUUUCACUGUGCAUGCCCACUGCGCAUUUUUACCAUUGAAGAGACUGCAGUAGUAUAAUAUUAAAUGGGAAUCACAUGCCUUGGGUAUCACUUAGUAUAUGUGGUGUUGUUAUCCAUUGAUGUCCAAGUUCCAUGACUCGCGACAAUUUAAAACUUUCCUAAUUUCCAAUUUUUCAGGUUAUCUUUCAUACCUUACAUUUUAAUACACUCUUCCUAAUUAUGUACUAGAUUCAUGUUUAUAAACACGAGAUUUUUUUCUCAAUAUUUGUAAAUCCAAUCGCCCAAAAUGGAUUUUGAAGACAAAAAUGAAAGUAAUAUCACUGUCACUUUAUAUAAUAGGAACAACACUAUGGCAUAUGGACUGGGACUCCCUUCUUGGGAUGAUUAUAAUGGAAGUAUUCAUGAUAUAAAAUAUUUACUGGUUGGAGUCUACACACUUAUUACUAUUCUAGGACUUCUUGGCAACUUCUUUGUUGUAAUUGCACUGUGUAAAAAUCUAAAACAGAAAUCAAUCAUUAAUUUUCUGAUUGGAAAUUUAGCCUUAUCUGAUAUUUUAAUUCUGCUGUUCUGUUCACCAUUUACACUGACAUAUGUUCUUUUAGACCAGUGGAUCUUUGGGGAGAUCAUGUGUUAUAUAGUGCCAUUUGUUCAGUGUGUGUCUGUCAUGGUCUCUAUACUCAUGCUAAUGUCAAUUGCCAUGGUUAGGUAUCAUAUGAUAAACAAUCCAUUAUCCAAUCAUUUUACCAUAAAUACUGGAUAUUUGCUAAUGGGAACUGUGUGGAUUAUUGGAUUUACUAUUUGCUCACCAUUACCUAUCUUUCAUAAAAUCAUAGACCUAAGUGAAACUGUUCACUUGGAUACCUUAAAAAAUACAUACUUGUGCAUUGAGUCAUGGCCAUCCGACUCUUACAGAAUUGCCUAUACCUUGUCCUUACUAAUCAUCCAAUAUAUUUUGCCAAUAGUUUGUCUAACAAUCAGCCAUGCUAGUGUUUGCAGAAAAAUAAGUGCUACUGUGCCAAGCAGACAAGGAAGAUCUGAAGAGAGUGAAAUGAUAAAUUUAACCAUACAUCAACCAGCUAAAAAACAGUUGCAAGCACAACAGACAAAGGUGCAAGGAUGGAACUAUUCCUUUCUGAGAAAACACAAGAAGAGAUAUAGCAAGAAGUGUGCUAGUGUCAUGCCUGUCAUGGCUAAAGUUCAAGAUAAUGGCAAGACUCAUAAUGAUCUCUUACUAAUCCAUGGGUCGGAUAGUACACAGCCAUUACCCAGUUCCUUUCUACCAGGUGUACCUGUAUGUUUUGAAGUGAAAGCUAUGGAAUCUGAAGAGCUUGCAGAUUCACAGAAUGUUCCAGUCACACCAAAAUCCAUCACAAGGUUGAGGAAACGAUCACGCAUUGUUUUCUACAAACUGACCAUAGUAAUUGUUGCUUUCACUGUAAGCUGGAUGCCUCUGCAUAUUUUUCACCUUGUAACUGACUUCAAUGCUAACCUAAUCUCUAACAGGCACUUCAAGCUGGUGUAUUGCAUCUGUCACCUGCUGGGUUUGCUGUCCUGUUGCUUGAAUCCUGUGUUGUAUGGAUUCCUGAACAAUGGCAUCAAAUCCAGUUUACAAUCCUUGGUCAAAUGCUUUUGGCUGUAAUAAUAAGAGGCCAAUAUCAGGUCUGGCACCACAGACAAAAGAAAAGGUGAAAGUGAGGACUGCAGAUGCUGUGCUUCUCCAGCACCACACGCUCUCAAGACAAAAAAAGCCCACUGAACAUGUUCAUCAGUCAAUAGUGCAGCUUACAUCUGAUCACUAAGUUCAUUCAUACCUGCUCCCAAGUCAUUCUAACUGUUCCCUGAUGUUCUGCUCUAAAGGUGUUGUUAAAAUAGCUCAUUGCUUGCCUUACUUUAUUCGAUCUGAAUAGAAAAUAAUUAAAUGUUUCUGCUUUGUAGUAUAGUGAAAUUGAACAGGAAAUAAUAAUUGAGUGAUUAUAUUACUUUGUGCAAUUAGUUACUUGUAACUAAUAAAAAUAUUUAUGGUCCUAGCUGUGUUCUUAAAAUAUAUUGAUAAAGGAGUGGAAUUUUUAUCCAUUGAUUCAAUCUCAUGGGUAUUUGUAAACCUCACUUACACUAUAUUUCAUUGGCUACUAGAAAUAGAUUAGUGUCCCAAUUUUAUUUAAGCCCAGCCUUUAAUCACACAUAUUUUUAAAAGCAUAAUUUGAUUUUGCGCAGUAUGAGCCAAAGAUGAAUUAAUGAUAUAAAUGAUCAACCUAGAUUCCAUAUCCCAACUCUUAAUAUACUGUCCUAACCUCAGGAGAAACCACUAUUUUAGACAGUAGUGAAUAUGCGUUCCCUUUUCUCGAUUCACCAUCAAAUACAAUGGUCUCAAUCAUGCUCCUAUUUUUUUUACAUAAAUUGAAAUUCCCCGUAGAAAUAAUUUCUUGAAAUAUAUGUUGUACAAACAAGCUAAAUGAUGUUUUCAUCGAAUCCAUAGAAUCCCUACAGUGUGAAAACAGGCCAUUUGGCCCGACAAGUCCACACUGACUCUCUGAAGAGCAUCCCACCUCGACUCAUCCCUCUACCCUCUCUCUGUAACCCUGCAUUUUCCCCAUCACUAAUCCACCUAACCUAUAGUUUUAUAUACUGUUGAAAUUUUCUGUGUGUUACUUGCAUUUAAACGUUUAAAAUGAGUAUGAUAUCAACAUUCAUUCAGGGAAAUAUUUGGUGUAUGUUCUACAGAAAUCCACAUUGUUGUUUGAAGUUGUGUUGAAAUCAUAUUGACUGUCACUUUCUCUGUAAUACAGUGUGACAAAAGACAAAAGUGAUAGAUUUCUGUUUCUCUUUUACAUAUUUAAAAAAAAAUAAAAAUAGGCAAAUGAAUUGUCAGCGCAAUUUUUAUCUCACCAAAGUUACAUAAUCAGAAAUGACUUCUGUCAAAUUCCUAGAAAGGCUAAAGAAUACUUUCUGGUAAAAGUAUAAUUUAUUUUAAAUAACUAUGUAGCUGCACUUGUUGUUUUAAAAAGACUAGCUGUAACUUUCCAGACUGUUGGGUCUAAUUAACCAUUCAGAAGAGAUAAUUCUUAUUAAAACCAGUCGCAGUGGGAUGCAGGACCUCAGCAACUGAUCUAAAGAAGUGUUAGUAUUGCAAUUUUCUCAUUCAAAACUGCUACAUGGUAUAGUUCUGAUUGUGAAACACUAUAUAGCUCAAAAUAAUAAAUGGAACUGGAGCAGGCUACAAUAAAUAUACAGUUACUGCAGUCUGAAAACAUUCAACAAAAUGACAACAGAAUGAUGCAUUCAGAAUUCUGUCCUUUUGUGUUUCUAUAGAUAUUAAAGAUGCAACUGAAACUUAGGUGUACUAGAUUUAAUAAGUAGGAAUUCAUGGUUUAACCUCUUUAGCUUCCAUAGCUUUCAUGAAUUGUUAAUGGUGAAUUCAACACUCUCUGGUAGACAGUAGAUUGAUACAUGGAAAGAGAAUGAAAUUGCUGCCUGCUUUUUAUUUAGAGGAAAUAAUAAGAACAAAUAAUGUCAGAAAUAACUAAGUAAUACACAUUCUUGUUGAUUUAUCACUUAGACCUUCCAGGCAUUGUUAAUUUUUAUUAUGUUCUAGUCUGAUGUACUGACCGUAUUCCUGAGUGUCCACUGCAUCAUGUUAAGCGUGAAAAAAGACAAACACUUCAAAGAGAAUAACUCACAAGCAAGAAUCAGGUUCAUUACUGAAAUGAAUCAAAUUGCAAGCUUUGAAAAGCAGAGCCUUCACACUUGAAAAUUUUCUUUUUUUAGAAUACUGUGCACACUGUCAUUCGAUGAAGAACAGUAUAAUGUAAAUCUCUAAACUCUGCAACUUUUUCUCCAUGGUAUUAUGUGAAUAAACUGAAAAUAACCGGUGA